AAAUUGCAUUCCCCCACUUCUCCUCCUCCUCCUCCUCCUCCUCCGUAUAUAAUGCGCGGCACGCGCUGCGAGUAGGUGAUCCCGUCGUCGUUGUCGUCGUCUCCUUCCUUCCUUCCUUCGAGAAAGAGCACAGCAUGGGCGUCGAUCUGGAAUCCCUGUCGGAGGCCACGUCCGGGGCGGUGGGAUCGCUGCUCAGCACCACCAUCCUGUACCCUCUCGACACCUGCAAGACCAAGUACCAGGCCGAGGUCCAGGCCCACGGUCAGCAGAGAUACAGGCAUCUGUCAGAUGUUCUCUGGGAGGCAAUAUCUAACGGCCAGGUGCUCUCACUAUACCAGGGCCUAGGGACCAAAAACCUGCAAUCUUUCAUUGCUCAGUUUGUUUACUUCUAUGGAUACAGCAACUUUAAAAGAUUAUACCUAGAAAGGAGUGGUUAUAAGUCAGUUGGAACAAAAGCUAAUUUGGUUCUGGCUGCUGCAGCGGGUGCUUGCACUGCUAUUAUUACUCAGCCUCUGGAUACAGCCUCUGCUAGGAUGCAAACUAGUGCCUUUGGGAAAUCCAAGGGCCUUUGGCAGACUCUUACCGAGGGUGAUUGGAGCCAUGCGUUUGAUGGUCUUGGGAUCUCCCUUUUGCUGACUUCUAACCCUGCGAUUCAGUACACAGUCUUUGAUCAGCUCAAACAAAGGCUCUUGAAAGGAAAACAGAAUAAAACAGACAAGGAUUUGUCACCCGCAUCGCUUUCUGCAUUCUCAGCUUUUGCGUUGGGUGCCCUCUCGAAGAGCAUUGCCACUAUUUUGACUUAUCCUGCAAUAAGGUGUAAGGUCAUGAUUCAAGCUGUCGAUUCUAGUGAAAACGUAGCAGAAAAAGCUCAGAAGAAACCUCGUAAGACAAUUCUUGGAGUUCUGUUUGCCAUAUGGAACAGAGAAGGCUUCCUGGGCUUUUUCAAGGGAUUGCGAGCUCAAAUUUUGAAGACCGUGUUGAGCUCUGCUUUGCUUUUAAUGAUUAAGGAAAAGAUUAGUGCAACCACAUGGGUUCUUAUGCUUGCAUUGAGUAGGUCUAUGCUGCUAACGAGGGGCAGACUAAAAAGUGCUUGAGAGGGAAUAAUUUGGAAUGCCCUUGGACCUAUGUAAAAUAAUGUUAUAGGCAGGGCGAACCUAUAGAGCCAGAUUCAGAAUUGCAGUUGUCGACGACUGUGAUAGGCGAUUAUGGAAUCAUCUUCUUGGGGAGUAGCCUGAUUCAGGACUGGGGUAGAAUACAAGCAGACUGUAAUUUCAUCCGAAGAAACUCCGAAAUCACAAGGAAUAAGAAUCUGCUGAUCCUGUUCUUGCUGCAAAUAAAGCAUAUGCGUUGCCGCGUGCUGGCAUGAUGAUGGUGUGAACUGGUGACUUGUGAGGGUGUCAUAAUGAUUAUUAAUGUGGUUUUGGUCCCUUGAAGGGACAAAUUAAGUGCCCUUGUAGAAGUUGUCUAGAUACUUGUGUUCAUGAUAAGUUUCUGUUAGUGUGAUCGGUCAUCUACUGGGUUGGAUGUUGAAUUUUCUCAGCAAAGGCAAUUAAAUAGAUGUUCAUCUC